AUGGUCUUCUGUCCCAUUUGGGCUGGCAGUGGGCUUCACGAUUUGAUUGUUCAUAACCUGGAAAAACUUGCUGACUCCCUGGAUGGAUGUGUUGGCGAAUACUUCAAAGAUGAUAAAACUAAGCUUGGCAAUGAGGAAGAUCCUAGUAAGAGAAUGCAAGGCUACAAAUGUGUGCUUAAUUCUAAGGCAACUGAAGAAGUCAUGGCCAAUCUUGCAAGAUGGGAACCUGCACAUGGUAGAUUCAACUUUCGACAUCCAUGGAAACAAUAUCUCAAGAUUGGCACAUCAAUGCGUAAGUGUGCUUAUUGCAUUGAGGCUCUCAAUAGUUACAUAAACUUAAAAAUUCAGGCACCAGACUAUCUAAAGAAACAUCUUAGUGAUGUAUGCACGGUAUUGAGCACCAAUUCUUCAGAGGCCAAUCUUGCAAGAUGGGAACUUGCACAUGGCAGAUUAAACUUUCGACAUCUAUGGAAACAAUACCUCAAGAUUGGCACAUCAAUGCGUAAGUGUGCUUAUUGCAUUGAGGCUCCCAACAAUUGCAUAAACUCAGAAAUUCAGGCACCAGACUAUCUAAAGAAACAUCUCAGUGAUGUAUGCAUGGUAUUGAGCACCAAUUCUUCAGAGGUCCUAAAAGAAUCGGUCAUUACAAUGAAAACUCUCACCAAAUCACCCAAGAUAGAUUUAUUAAUUGGAGAGAUGAACUUAGCUGUACAAAAACUUCAAGAUUCCUUGAACUCUCUUCCCAAUUCUUUCAUUGGACCCACAGUGUCAACAUUACAAGCUCCCAAUCUCUUCUCUAUAUAUCAAUACUCUUAUCAGCAAAGCCACUACACAAAAACUCCCCCAUUUGACCCAUACAUAGGACAGCCAUUUGAUGAGCUUUUGUCUCAUUAA